UCUGCUACGCGCUGAAUGCACCGCUCGCCCUCCUGCAGGGCGUCAACGGGACGAGCGGGCAGGUGGCUUCGGGGAAAGGCUUUCCCGGCUGGAGCCCGAUAGAGUGUGAGUUCAGCCAGCACGAGUGCUACAUGAAGCUCGACAUGUUCCGCUCAACAGUAUCGUACACCAUACACUCGCCGUACGAGGUGUCCACCAGCGAUCAGCUGUUCACCCAUGUGGAGGAGUCGGAUGAGCUGGUUGCCGUCUACAGCGUGCUCGAGACGGUUGCCAACGAGCGGCUGAAGGAUCUGACAGUACGACAGCGCAAAUGUUACUUUUACGAUGAAGCAUAUGAAAAUUUGCAGUUCUACAGCUACAACCUCUGCAUCAUGAACUGCCGAGCAAGGCGGGCACUCGCCGUCUGUCAGUGUCGGCCCCACUUUUACCCAUUCGCCGAGGGGCCAGCGUGCACCGUGGCUGGGCUGCACUGCCUGCAGCAGCAUCCCGACUGGAGCAGCGAUGCGGACUGUAAAUGUUUAAAGUCCUGCACUGACGUGGGCUAUUACGUUGCGUCGCUCAGCAAAACGCAGUGGACGGCCGAAGGAGGCAUACCGUUCACGCACAAAGCAUCGUUACGGUGGGAAAUCCUCCAGCCCAAGACGAGACUCCGGCGAGUGCUCAUCUUCAGCUACGAAGAUUUGCUUGGUAAAUAUUUCACCGCACCUUUUAAAUACUAUUGCACAAACAAAAUCUAG